GGAAUCCUUGUUUGCUUUGCUGUUCCAAAGUAAGCAAUUUGUGUGUUCUGACAAUCAAUCCUUCGUAGUGAUGCUAUGUUCUGUCACUUUAAAAGUGUACAUAUUUGGUGUGAUCUGCGGAUCUGCAAGUCUGCUGUCGGGUCUCGGUUGAUUAGCACACCUACAUUGAGUCUCUCUCAGUACAGGCUUCCAGGACUAAGUAGGAUUUUAAGCUCGGGUGCACAAAUUCUUGUCAGGGCAGGGCCAUCUCAGAGUGUCAGAACUAGAGUUUCCAUGGCAAUUGCGGGGGAGACAUUCUUUCUGGAUGAAUUCGCUGUCAGGCAAUGGGAUGACCCAAAUUACUCUGGCACGCGAAUCAGCUUCAGCAAAACUGACUUCGUUGAGAAGAUCCACGAGUUUCACUCCAAGGGUGCCAAAUUGGUGGAUGGCUACGCGCCUUUUUGCAAGCACGUAUUUGUGCCCAACUUUGUGGGGGCCAGACUGGGAGCUCUGCCCAUCACGGAUGACAACCGACACCUGCUGCGCUGCGGCUACAGCCGCCGCCGCCCGGAGGAGCUCCCCGUUCUGACCAGGUGGUUUCCAGCGGAAGAUGUUCAGGUCUUGGAGGCCAAGUUCCUGGACGUGAUCCUGUACUCGCGCGAGCAGUUGGUGCAGGAGUAUGAGGCGAUGCCGGGCAAGGGAGACCCGGCCGUGCUGCCGCCAGCACCGUGGGGAAUUAUCUCCAUCAAGGCACAGGACGAGGACCACGAAACUCCCAUGCAGCCCAUCACCAUUAUGCGAAAUGCCCUGGGCCGGGACGAAGGCGGCAGCGGAGUGAAACUGGACAAGGAAGCGUACGAGGCUUCAGCCGCCUACUGGGCCGAGCGUGCUGCUGUCGUGGCAGGCAAGCAGCCGGGCGGAGAGUGAAGAGCUGGCACUAUGGCAAUGUCAUUCCCAAUUUUCUGGUGUCAUAUCGAAGAUCGAGACCUCAUGAUCAUGAGAUUAGCCUUUACAACAAGAGCAUCAAGCAAUCAUUGGCCAGAAGGAGAGGCCAGUCAGUGCAACAACCUGUAUCAUACGGGGAACAAAUCUGAAUAUUGCUCUUCAUGUGGAGCACCAUUUAAUCGAACACUAUGGCGCAGCUGGCAGAAUCAACGGUUAAUCAACCGUAGCGAGACAGAUGCACUGAGAAUUUAUGCGCGCUUGGUCUGCGCGCUUGCUGUUGUUGCCUGCACAAUAGGCGCCUAUGUAAUCUUAGGACCUGUGAGCUGAAGCCGUCGAAUCCAAAAAAACUAGUUCAAGACACACCGUGCAACCUGCAUUUAUGAUUCCAAAAGAUUUGCAGCAGCCCACAAUGACAUCAACUUGCAGAAACUGACCAAGACAACGCAUUUAAACACCUCUGACACCUGAACAAGGAAACACAAUUAGCCUGGGCUCAGGCGUGGGCGAAUGAUAUUCUCUCAUAUCUGCCAAUUCCUGUACACCUUCGAACCAUCGGUCCUAGUGACUACAUCCAUUUAGGCGCCAACUAGUAUCUGGCACACGCCUGUCUCUAGAGUGGUGGAAGGCUGGCUAGGGGCCUUCACCGGCGCUUUUGAGCCUGAAAGCGCGCUCUGCAAAAAAACCCCCUAGGUCAAUGCCCCCGCAGCAAGGGGCUCUGCGAUCUUGCAAGAAACCCUGCAGUGACGCCCCUGCCGC